AGGUCAUGUCACAUUGCUGGAACCAAUGUAAAGCAUCUGGAUAUAGAAAACUCAGUAAGCUUAGCACGGUUUUGCUUCUUCUUCUAUGCAUAGUUGAAAUCCCUUCGGAUACCCAUGCUGAAUUAGCUUCUUCGAACAAGAUAUCAAACCCUUCGCUGCAGAAACUUGGUUACGGCAACCUCGGACAGUCGAAAAUCUCCCGCGAUCUCAGUUCCGAGCUGCAUGAGCUGGUGGAUCACAAGGCAGAGAAGAGAAUCUUAAGGAGCAACAGCUACUUACAGCAGGGCGACUACUCGGAUGUCGACUACUUCGUGCCUUACGAGGUGGACACGUUCUGUCAGCCUGCAAGCACUCCAAGACCACACCCACCUGGUUUCAGCCGCCAGUCGGACUACAUGCACACUGUUCUGGCCUGUGAUCGACGAGAUGCGUCUCAGAGCUCGCAGAGGCAUCAGCAACCGAUGCGGAUACGACGGAGUGCCUCAAAGAUGGAGUUUGGGAACUGAUGUCUUAUGGGGAAUUAUUGUUUUCGUCUUGUUGAUGUACAUUGCAAUGUG